AUAGCUCAUAAAUUGCUGAAAGUCGAAGACGUACGCGGCAGUUUAAAUACAUUAUCAUUGUUAUCUACAGCAGCUCGUCCUAUGUAUUACCAGUAUAAAGAGUUGAAAUAAAGCGAGAGCGAAGCGUUUGGAUGAAUCUUUCAUCUCCCCGCGCAUAUAUUUCGAUAUUGGAUGUUGAGAGCCAGUUUCGUCACUGCAAUAAGAGCAUUUUCUAAUCGAAACAUGAGUAUUUUUACGCAAUGUUUGAAUCCUCUCACUGGCGUUGCCUCGUGGGAGGAAAAAGAUCAAUAUUACGAUUAUCAUCAAGAAGUAGCUAGAUCCGCUUUUGCAGACAUGCUGCAUGACCAUGAACGAAAUGAGAAGUAUUACAUUGCCCUCAAAGCUGCUAUUGAGAAAAAGCACCAGGCUGGUGAAGAGGCUAACGUUCUUGACAUAGGCACUGGGACAGGCUUGCUGUCGAUGAUGGCUGCCAAAUGCGGAGCAGACACUAUAACGGCAUGCGAGGCAUUCAAACCAAUGGCGAAUUGCGCCGCACAAAUAAUAAAGGAGAACGGCUUCGAGGAUAGAAUUAAGUUGAUCCGUAAGCGUUCUACGAAGAUGAUAGUGGGCGAAGGUGGUGACAUGCCAAAACGCGCGAAUAUUCUAGUCACUGAAGUAUUCGACACCGAGUUGAUUGGUGAAGGAGCACUAUCAACGUUUCGCCACGCACACGAAGUUCUUCUCGAGGAAGACAGCAUAGUCGUGCCGCACAGAGGAACAGUAUGGGCGCAAGUAGUCGAGAGCACCAAAGUCUGUGCUUGGAAUCGAGUAAAGCCUAUUAAGAACGGAGAAAUGUUGGUUGACGCUCCACCGACCAUCCAAGCGUGCUCUGGUGCUGCAGCUGUGCACGACAUGCAACUGUCACGUCUUCCUCGCGAUGCUUUUGUACCUUUGCUGCCAGCACAGCCUAUUUUCAGGUUUGACUGGUCCGGCAAGAAGCCUUUAUUGAACAACGAAAAAGUAUCAUUAUUAACACAACCGAUAGCAAGCGGGACCGCACAUGCAAUUUUUAUGUGGUGGGACUUGAACAUGGAUACAGAUAAUCAGGUAUUACUGAGUUGUGCACCUGUAUGGGAACAUCCAGACGUACCUGAUGACAUGAAGAAAGAUGCCACGUCUUUGAAAAAGAUGACGGAUACAAUACCUUGGCGGGAUCACUGGAUGCAAGCUGUCUAUUACCUUCCAGAAGAAGUACCUAUCACAUAUGGCGUUGAGGUCAAUGUUAUCGGUUAUCACGAUGAAUAUUCUUUCUGGUUUAAAUUACUGAAUGGACCUCUAAAUGAGAUUCCAGAUUGUCAGAGACCUGAGUGCAAUUGCUGGGCGCAUAUUGCAUACUCACGGACGCGUAUUGGUCAAUUAAACGACACAGUUCGUAAUCAGAGAUACCUACAGGCUUUGCGGAGGAAGAUCACUCCGAACAGCGUUUGUCUAUGCGUCUCGGAUGGUUGUCUGUUGGCUCUCGCGAUUGCAAGGUUGGGCGCAAAGGUGUUCCUAUUGGAGCAGAAUUUCCUAUCGCGUAGAACCAUGGAGAUGUUUGUGCAGACAAACGGGCUCUCCGAUCGAGUAAAGAUCGUCGAGUCGGUCGAUGGUCUGCCGGAGGCAAGCGAAAUUGAUUUCAUUUUUGGCGAGCCAUAUUUCCUGAGCUCCAUUGUACCUUGGGAGAAUCUACGAUUCUGGUAUCUCGCCUCCAGAUAUCCGUCGAGUAUUGCGAGACUGCCGGUCGCGGCGACGAUCAAGGCCGCUGCUGUCGAGUUCAAGGAUCUGCAGAAAAUACGUGCUCCUCUUGGCGCUUGCGAGGGUUUUGAUCUCUCCUCUUUCGACAGACUUAUUCAAGCGUCUAGCGAGAAAAGUGACAACCCCGUAGAAGCGCAACCACUUUGGGAGUAUCCUUGCAAAGCGUUAUCUUCGUCUUUUGAUAUCAUAAAGCUUGAUUUAACACGGAACGUAAAUUUUGACGAACGCAAGAGGAUAACGGGAGAGAUUCCAAUUUUAGACAGUGGCUGCUGCAAUGGCGUCACUAUAUGGGUGGACUGGCAAUUGGACUCGGAUCUGUCAAUAUCUUGUGGCCCAAUUGAGGAGAUAGUACCUGGCGAGCGUAUAUCUUGGGAUCCAUACACGAGACAAGGCGUACAUCUAUUUCGUAAAGUAUUCAAUGUUACGAAAGGAAGCACACUUUCGUGGUCGUUCACCUUUGUGCCACAAAGUGGCGAAGUAGAAUUUGAAUUUGAUGUAUUGACGAAUGAUUAAUUGUAUUAAUAAAUGUUUGUGUUUGUUCAAUAUUUGUAA